AUGUUUUGGAUUUGGGUGGCGGUGUUCCUUGGCGUGCAUGCCGCGAUUCGAAAGCACCUCGACACCAGUGACGGGACCAAGCUACGGAGGGAAAAGAGUCGGUUUCGCAAUUGGCGAAGCAGGGUACUCCUCAACGAGGUCCACCGUGCCAAAAAUAUGCGGACCUUGGAGGAGCAGCUAGACGGCUUGUUGUGGGAGGCGGAAGUGCGGGCGGCCGAGGAGGCCAUUGCGGCAUCACACUGCGACCACAACGCAGACACCACGGUCCACCGGUUUGUACGCCGCGUGCAAGACAGCGUGGUGUCAGGGGGGGGGGGGUUGGAACCGGAGCACUUCAAUAGGGCGGGCGUGCCAAUGCGGCAUGCGCCUAUAACUGCAGAAUGGGGGAAGUGGGGUUGCCGCAAUAAGCACCCCGGAUCACGGUUUGUGUGUGACGUGGGAAUUAUAGAGGGGGCACUUGGGGUGCGGAAGCGGCGGACUUUCAUCGCAGGGCUCAUGCGACGUCAGCGGACAGGCCCUGUCACAGAACGGGAAACAACACUCUUUUUGAUUGCCGUGCUUAUUAUGGCAUGCGUGAAGCCAAACUGUUAUUGGAUGGAAAUGUCCUUUUGUAUUGUAUUUGCAGUGGAGUUCUUGCUCUCCUUUAGGUAUUUGCAGGUGGAAUUCGUUUUUGGGCACUAUUUUCGGCUUUUGAAUCGACUAAUUUGCCUGGUGGUCGCUAUUGUUCCCUCCGCGAUUCAAUUUGUCAUUCUUCGGAUGUUUCGCUUCUGUGAGGGGUGGCCACGUAUCUUUCAAGUACCCGGAGUGGCAUGUUAUAGUUUGAUGUCUCCAGCCUUGUAUUUAUUCACGAUGUGGAUGAUUUGUUUUGUGGUCAUUUGGCUCUUUUACUUCGAAACAGGUGCGGAAGGCAUCUGUCACAGCGCGCUCAGCUGUGUUUAUGUAAGUUUUCGGGAGAUGCUACUCCCCCCCUGGAACCCCACCCACGUAAAUAUUCUUACGGAGUUCCCCAUCGCAUGCCUCAUUAUUGUUGUGUUUCAACUAGUAUUCGUCCCCUUUGCUGUUACCAUUGCCCUGCAUCCGCUGCUGCGGAUGUCAAGCUUCAUUGGACGCUUCAUUCGCCUUCUCGUGCAGAGCCUGCACCACGACGUGGUGGAGUACAUAAACAGCUACUUGGAGUGUCCGUCUUGGUUUGCUCACCGGCGCCUGCACUCUGAUCUCCCCGCGCGCACUAUCACCAAGCUGCGUAUGUGGUUCUAUGACGUGCGACGUCGAAGCAACUACUCUCGGAGGGGCGAUGCGCCCCCCCACUUUGGGCCUCCUAUGUAUUUGCGAAAACGGGUGACAUCCAACCUAACUGACAGAGGAAGGAAACAGGCAAGAUUUUCCCCUGCCUUGAUGAAAGUAUUAUUUCCAAGUCACAGUUUGCAUCGCUUGAAGAGAAUGAGGCCUAUCAUAACUCCUCGGUGA